AUGAUCCCGUCAGGUGCGGCGGUCUGCACUGCCUACGGCGCGUCGGCCACAUCACUGCUUCGGCGGCCGUUCGUCCCUCAUCCCGUGCCGGGCGGCUCUCAUGCUGCUUCUGCCGCUUCUGCCGCGUCUGCCGCCGCAGCGGCCGCUUCUACCGCUUCUACUGCUUCUGUUGCUUCUACCGCUUUUAUGGCUAAUGCCCCUCAGGCCAAGGCUCUGGGUCCGAAGGGACAGUGGAUCCUCAAACUCGUGGCCAAGCUGCGUCCCACCAAGUGCAAUGGGAAAGUCGUCGGUGACAAAGGAGCUUCGGGGAAAAUCGUUAUCGCAGCGGUGAAGUACUCUGCAUCGUCCUACACCACCACCACCAAGUUCCUUCUGCAAAACCUCAAAGGAGGAGAUAAGCCCGUCUACGGUUACGUACGUAAAUGCACAGAGACUCCAGCGGAUUCACGCCCCAUGGCAGAUCUCGCGUUUGUGAACAUCACCAGUGCCGCUGGCGGCCAGCGCGGGCGCUACAGCUGGAAGUUUGAGAGCGAGACGCUUCAGAACACAGAGUUAGAUGCACGCCUGGCUGUGUAUCUCGCUGUGUCGAGUUCGUUUGCAGUCAUAGGGCGUGCAGGUAACGAGCGCGCGCUCUAUGGCCAGGUUUUUAGCUUCCAGAGGACAUAG